AUGGGUAAAUCCCCCUCAGUCACCAGUCUCCCCAGGCUUUCUGCCGACAGUCCCCCUCCCACCGAGGAUGGAACGGUUCUCGAUAUCGCUCAGACCAAGCGUGGUCUCUCCUCACGUCAUGUCCAGUUGAUGGCCAUCGGAGGAUCAAUCGGAACCGGCCUAUUCGUGGGCAUUGGUUCCUACCUCCGUGAUGCAGGCCCUCUAUCCUUAUUCCUGGGUUACCUCUGCUAUGGCAUCCUCUUCAUCUGGCCGACCAAUCUCUGUGUGGGCGAAAUGUGCGCCUACCUGCCGAUCCGAGGAUCAAUCUUUGAGCUCGCCGCGCGCUACAUCGAUCCAGCUUUUGGAUUCGCCAUGGGCUGGGUCUACUUCUACGGCGGUCUCAUGCUUCUCUGCACCGAAUACGCCGCCGUGGCCACCGUCAUGCAAUACUGGACCACCAGCAUCAACCCCGCCGUCUGGGUGGCCAUGGCCAUGAUCGUCUGUUUCCUCCUCAACAUCAUCGCCGUGAAAUACUACGGCGAAACCGAGUUCAUCAUGGCCUCCACCAAGAUCCUCCUCCUCCUCGGCCUCGUCCUCCUCACGUUCAUCACCAUGCUCGGCGGCAAUCCCCAUCACGACCGCUACGGCUUCCGCAACUGGACCCACGGCCUCAUGUUCGAAUACUACACCACCGGCACCACCGGCCGCUUCCUGGGCUGGUUCUCCGUCGUCAUCUACGCCGCCUUCUCCGUCGCCGGCCCCGACCUCCCGGCCCUCGCCGCCGGCGAGAUCGAAAACCCCCGCGUCACCAUCCCCCGCGUCGUCCAAAUGACCUUCUACCGCAUCGUCGGCUUCUACGUGAUCGGUGUCCUUGCCGUCAGCAUCAUCUGUGCCCCCAAUGACCCCCGUCUCCUCGACGCCCUGAACCCCUCCUCCACCGCCGCCGGUUCCGCCGCCUCCCCAUGGGUCAUCGGCAUCGAGAACCUCGGCAUCCACGGCCUCCCGGGCUUCAUCAACCUCCUGAUCCUCCUCGCCGGCUGGUCCUGCGGCAACGCCUACCUCUACAGCGCCAGUCGCACCCUCUACUCCCUCGCCCGUCACCACCAAGCCCCAGCCUUCCUCCUCACCUGCACCUCCGCCGGCGUCCCCAUCUACUGCGUCGGCACUGUCUCCCUCCUCUCCUGCAUUACCUUCCUCGUCGCCGACACUUCCGCCAUCACCGUCUUCUACUGGUUCGUCGACCUCACCACCACCGCCUUCAUCCUCACCUACACCGCCAUGGUCUGUGUCUUUCUCGCCUGGUACCGUGCCCUCCACGCCCAGGGCAUCGACCGGAAGACGUUCCUCCCGUGGGCAUCACCUGGUCAACCGUAUGCCGCGAUCCUAGCGCUGGUGAUUGGUUCCAUCGUGACGUUGUUCAAUGGCUUCACGGUCUUCUCCCCCUUUGAUGUCCAGGGCUUCAUCACGUCAUACUUCGGCCUCGUGUUCUGGGCCGUCAUGUUCACGUUUUGGAAGGUGUGGCAUCGGACCAAGUGGGUGGAUCCCGCCCAGGCGGAUUUGUUCUCGGGUAAGGUGGAGGUGGAUGCCGAGUGUCGGGGGUGGGAGGAUGGGGGGUUUGCCGAGCGGAGGCGGGCGGAGUUGGCGGAGAUGUGUUGGGGUGGAGGUUAG